ACUGAAUUUGUUGCAAAAAAAACGACAAUAUGUUGUAAUGUAAUUUUGUUUAUAUUUUUGUCUCAUGAAGUUCGAUUAUCCAGACCGGACCAGACAGUGAGCCAGACGGAUAGCACCUCGAUUGCUUAUGUCUGAUGGUGUAUUUAGAGAUGCAGAUGUCCCUGAUGCCGGUGCCUGUCCUUUGAAGCUGGUCGAACGCCUAAGAACCAAUACAGGCAGAGAACCAUGAACAGAUCCUGUAAAAAAUGGUCAGCCUGUGAUGUGUGUGGGUGAGGAGAUGGGCUGCACCUCGGCCAAGCAGGUGUUGGCCGUGCCCAGUGGUGAGGAGGGCCGCAGUAAAGCCUACAGCAAUGGGGAUGUUCUUUCUGAUGAGUACAAGAAAGGCGUGGCAAGUGUGAAGUAUAUAAAUAGAGAAGAGGACAGACUAAACAACUGCGACCAGGACAGCACGGAGAAUACUGCCCUGCUCACCACGGUCCAACAAACAGACGACACAGGAUCAAAUGGCAAUGGGAAGACACAGAUCCAUUCUUCAGAGAGCCAGCAAGAGUUCUUCAGGAUGCUGGAUGAGAAGAUAGAAAAGGGGCAGGACUACUGCUCAGAGGAAGAGGAUAUGACAUAGCACUGAGGUCCACCAUCUGCCCCCCUGAGAGGAAGGAUUUGUCCAAUGG